CACCGACCGAAACUGAAAGUAGAAAAGAUGGAGGUAGCUCCCUCAGGUGAAUUCUACUACAAAAUGUUUUGGAGUCUUUCCAGUUACCUAUCAGACUUGAGCUGAAUCUUGAGAGUAUGUUUUUAUGUGCACAUUAAAGCUUCAGGAUUGAAGUAUGAGGGCUGACAAUUUUUUGUACUUGGUGUGUGUGUCAUGGAGCCUGUGUGAUAUUGGCUUGAGUGAGCCAAUUUUACCUGUGAUGUGUCCAAACCAGUAUGAUAACCAUGCCUGGCUUACUCGAGGGUUGGAGAAAUGUGGAAACUCGCCAGAGAACUAUCACUGUGUGAUGGUCAAGUCUCCAGACCCUGAACCUCAGUAUAUGGAGUUUUGUCAAAUACCAGUGUCUGUUCCCAAGGGGAAAUUUGUUAUUUUCAACAAAGAUAAAGGUAUCUUUGACUCUAUCACCUGUCCCAUCGAUAGAUACCAGCCAACAGAGAGAACAACAAAUCAAGCCAUGGUUUUCCAGUGUGUGUCGGAGAAGUCUCGCUGUGACGCGGAGGGACAGGUGCGGUGUGACGACGGAUCGGCAGAGAUGGACCGUACGUGUCGAUGUGACUACACAAAUGGAUACGUACUCGAAGCUGUAGCCAAUGAAAACCCAUAUAAUAUCACCUGCAUUCAUCCUAAACGGAUAAUUUUGGAGUGUACUAGGUUUGAUGAUUGCCAUGAGAACCAGACCCUGAGUAUGACUUAUCAGUGUGUAGAUAAAUGUCCGCUGGGACAGAGUCACCCCCCAGGGUCAUCUCAGUGUAAACAAGGAAUUUCAACCACUGCACCUGUUACAAGUUACCAUUCCUCAACAAGCACACAACCAUCUACAUCAACCUUAUCCGACAUUGAUGUCAUGGAGUCUAUGAAGGAGAAGGGUGACAACAAACAUGUGACAAUACUAAUUGCUCUCAUCUUUGUCAUCCUCUUGGGAACAGUCAUCACUGGAGUGGCUUAUCUUCUUUAUAAGAAUUACAUUCAAACUAAAACCAUCAAUCCACCAGAGGAAAACCAUACCUACAACACAACAAUCAUUUUGGAGAAGAAAGAACAGUACAUGUAUCAUGCUGAUACUCUAGUUCACAUUGAUACAGCAGAGAAUGUGGCAACUGGAGAAGGAAACACCUUUAAUAUAAACCACACAAGGCAGACAGAUCAGGACAGUGAGGAUGAAGGUUCAGAAGAAGCCAAGCUUAUUUCUCCAGCAAAAGACGAUAGAGGAGAUCAAGUUGUCACACCCCCAGGAGUACCAGUGGAGGUACAAGUCCACCAGGAUGGGAAUACGAUCCCAGAGAAUGAAAAUGUCGAACAAAGCGUUGAAAAACCCAGGGAGCCAAACAAGGAGACUGGUUGUGGGGACAAGGAUGAGCAUGACUGUAAUGAGUACAUGAAGGAGAUGAAGGAAGCUGCUAAAAAGAAAGGCUGGCUCGUCACAGACGUCCCCAAAGAUGGCAGCUGCUUCUACCACUGUGUGUUAAAACUUUGUGAUUCUAUUAAUGAACAGGAUGUGUCCACUCUCAGGAAAAAGCUCAAAAAGUACCUGGAAAAGAAUUCCAAGACUUAUAAGGACUUUGUGUUUGAAACGUGGGAGACUUUUCUGAGUGGUAUAGAAGCCAACAAGUGGGCGGACCAUUUAGAAAUCAGCGCCAUGGCCAAAAUGUUGAACAUUCCGAUCGUUAUCCAUAAACUGAAUAACAGUUCUAACGAGCUGGAGGUGAAGGAGGAGAUUCGCCCGGAAAACUGUCACGUGGACGCCAUUAAUAUUGGACACAUUCUGGUGAAUAAAGAAGGCUUCCAUUUUGUAGCUUUGGUGCCUUUAAGUGUGGUUCAAAGAUCCAACACAGACCCGUCUGUCCGUGGAAUUGAUCCCAAAAUGCAUUUUCUCCAUGUUUUGUUAUUCGUGUUUCCAGUGAGUUUUAGUUUACCUUUGUGGAUACAUCAAGAAGUGACAUACAUUUCGAACACUCUCGCGUCUGUGACGUCAUGUCCGACUAAUCCCAGUACCAGGGAGCAGAGUGCUUUGGUUAGAUGUGGAAAUAUGUCAUUCUAUCAUUGUUUACAGACCGAGGACGGCGGAUACGCAGAAUUCUGCAAUAAGAGCGCAACAUGGAUUGAAAAAGGAACGUUUGCAUUGUUUUCCGUUGAGAGAAGCACUAUAGAGGUGAAGCAUUGUCGAUAUGACUUCUAUCAACCACUGGGACGAUGGAGCCACGAGUCGUCCUCCGUCUGUGAUCGGAAAAAGUCGUCAUGUAACGGCCUCGGAGAAGUCGUCUGCGACAACGGCAGUGUGACGUCAGACAGACUGUGUCGAUGUGAUAACGCAGACGAUUGGGUGAUAGAAGAGUUCAUCCAAGAAAACCCGCUAAACACCUCCUGUGUUCGUCCAUCCCAGACAGACUUUAUGUGUGUGAAAUACAAAUGUCCCCAAGGACAAGAGUUAAACCCCUCAUAUAUGUGUGUGCCUAAUUGUCGUAAAGGAUAUCAUAGGCCUAGCGGAUCAUUUGAGUGUUUUCCCAUAACCAAUGUCAGUUCUGGAAAACAAACAUCUUCAACGUUUACAACCCCCACAUGGAGAAACCUAUAUAAAUCAACAAUUGAAUUAUAUCCUGUGGAUGAAGUAUCUGAAUUCCAAACAAUGAUGGCUAUUCCUAUCGCAAUAAUAUUUGUGUUAUCAGUAUCGGCCUGCUCUAUACUUGUGUCCAAAUGCAAGAAAAACAGCAGCACGGAAAAACAACUUCAAAAUUUAGCAAAGAAAAAAUUAUUUGAGCGAAAAGCAAGGAAAAAACAUCGACGUAAAAUGGAGAGACGUAAAAAACGCCUGGAGAAAAAGAGAAAAUUACAAAUAAAAGUGGACAAAGUACUUCACAAGCUAGAAGAAAGAAGAAUAAAACGUAGAGAAAGAAAUAGACUCUUAGAAAUAGAACGCAAGGAAGCGCUGAAAGAGUUUGAGGCUGUGGAAAGCGAGGACCACGUGUCUAUUGAGAUGUUCUAGACCACGACUAACUAUAGACAAAACUGUCUACCUCAUCACUGGACAUACACAUUUUUAAUUCCAGUGACCAGUAUAACUAUGGUCGGUAUAAACAUAUGAAUUUUAAUCCAGUGGCAGGAAGUUGUGUGGCCCAAAAAGAAGAGAGAACAAAAUACAUGUGAUAAAAACUAAUAAAGACAAAUGUAACCGCUGUUUACAUGACUUUUCUAUAUCUUUGCAAUAAAUUCCCAUUUAAACAUAA